GCUCUGACCAGCAGGCGUCGCUGUGCGCAGCUCAGCCGUCUCUGCUCACUGAAACAGCAGAAGAAGAAGUUGAAGGCGCUGCGGGGAAUAUUAAAAUGUCUGCUCCGAAAACCAUCCCGAAAGAUGCUCAGGUGAUGAUCCAGAUCCUGAAGGACAUGGGCAUCACGGAGUACGAGCCCCGAGUGAUCAACCAGAUGCUGGAGUUCACCUACAGAUACGUGACGACCAUCAUCGAGGACGCCAAAAUCUACGCCACGCACGCCAAGAAGUCCAACGUGGACGCCGACGACAUCAAACUGGCGAUCCAGUGCCGCAUGGACCAGUCGUUCACCUCGCCGCCGCCACGAGACUUCCUGCUGGAGGUGGCGAGGCAGAAGAACCAGACUCCUCUCCCGCUGAUCAAACCGUACACCGGCCCCCGACUUCCUCCGGACCGCUACUGUCUGACGGCGCCCAACUACAGACUGAAGACGGUCCAGAAGAAGAUGACGUCCGCUGGCAGGAUAUCGGUGCCUCGCCUCAGCGUCGGCGCCGUCUCCAGCAGGCCGAGCACGCCGACCCUCGGAACUCCGUCCGUCUCUAAAGUGGGGACCCCCGUGUCUCUGUCGGGUCAGAGGUUCACCGUGCAGAUCCCCCCCCCCUCUCAGACCACCACCAUCAAAACCACGACGCCGUCCACGCCGGCCGUCUCCAACGUCCUCAUCAACCCGUCUCUGAUCGGCUCCAAGAACAUCCUCAUCACCACCAACAUGGUGUCGCAGAACUCCGGCGGCGAUUCGCUGAAGCGGAAGCACGAAGACGACGACGACUACGACGCUUUAUGACGGCGCGACUGAAGACGGCUUUUUUUUUUUAUCUCCUUCCACACGUCGACCUGCGACUGAACCGAUCAGGAGAAACUCGCUAGUUUAGUUUUCUAGAACCUGAUGCUCAAUAAACUGCGUUAAAUAACAAACGCGUCUGUUUCCAUUCGCUCCACACAAACAGGAAGUCCACGACGUUUCACUCGUCACGACGUCUCGUGUAGGAAGUGAUUAAACAUGUAACAUAAUAAUAAUAUGUUGUAAACAUGGCAGAAGAAAUGAUCAUAAAAUCCUUCUGAGCAGUUUGAAGACUUUGAGUUCUUAAAUGAUAAAAACAUUUUACUGCAGAUGAAACAUGAAAUGUGUGAAAGAGAUAUUAAAACUAAUAUUCAGAAGCAACAACCGGUCUGUUAGUUCAUUUUACCUUUAAUAAUAAAAAGAAAACUAAAAUAAAAAUCUCAAAAUAAAAAAUACAUGGCAAACAAUAGACUCUUCAACGACUGAGAAUAAUCAUGGUCAUAAUAAUAACAGAAGCAUAAUCAUCAGAACUGUCGAGAGACACGACGGUUAGCGUCGCAGGCCGGGGCGUGGCACCCCACGUACGACUCACAGCUGGGAAACAACCAAACAUACAAACAUGCUCCGUGUCGGUUUCUUCUUCCCUUCUGAGCGAAGCCGGAGGGGGGGGGGGGGUUUGGCAAAUUCAAAACAAAAAGUUUGUCGGUUUGUGUGAAGCCUCGAAAACACAACGAACAAUUACAGAAAAGUGACGGAGCGUUAGAAAACAACAUUCUUCUUCUUUG